CUUUUGGAGGAACAUCGGAGAACUGCAACAGUAGCGUUUUGUUUUUGCUUCUUCCUUUGACCCUCAUAUCCCACCAUGGAAUAGUCCCUACAAUCAUACAAUGCAUUUCAUAAGGACCUGUCUCUUCGCCUUGCUGUCAUUCUUAAUCAGCGUCAUUCCAGUUUGCCAAGCCCAACAGCCGUGCGACACCUCAAAGCUCCUCUCAUGUCCCCUGCCACUAGUAUGUGUUCCGGUCCCGAUUGUGUGCGUCCAGGCGCCCUGCCCAGCUUCAGUUGGUCGUUGCACACCCUGGGCUGAGGCUGGAUUGCCUAAAACAAUCACUUUGAUCACACCCGGAAGCAGUCGUCCCAGUCCAACCGAUAACACCAAACCAGGGGAGACUUUGACGUUCCCUACUGCUAUGCCCACUGCUAUCCUUCCGUCAGGAUCUCCGUCUGCUUCAACUACGAGAGACGCAUCUGGGGAAGCGCCUACCACCACCUCUCGAGGCCGGCCACUAGUAACAGCAGUUGUUGAAAGUGGGGUAAAAAGAUACGAGGCACCAGUGAAUAUGUUUAUGGCCGCAAUACUGGGGACCUUGCUGUUAAUGGGUGUCCCCAGACAAAUUAUAAUGUAGAGUUAACCGAACUAUGCAUAUAUUUUUCUUAUGUCUAAGCUGAUAUUGUGGAC